AUGGGGUGUAAAACGAGUUCAAUACCAAACGACGUGGAUGCAUACAAGUCCAUUUACGCAUUCUCAACUGAUAAGAGACCUAGAGGGAGGAAGCUUUUCGAGAUGUAUCACAAGAAGAAGCAUCAGAGACUGGGACACCGCAUGGAGUCGCAAGAGACUGAUCCCGGUGAUGUGGAGGGCGGCACAUGUACCUUUUCCUCGACUGAACAGAUCCCUAUUGAAGUAGAGUACUCGAGGAGCUGGCCUUCUAGCAGCACCAGUCCCGUCGCAGUGGACAUCCAGGCCGUGGUUCAAGAUCUGAGGUCCGCUGCCACAAAGUGUUGGCAAGGGACUCUGUGGGGCUACUGCACUGUCAUCAGAAGUUGCUUGAGUGCUUCUAUCGUUGCCGCUGCCUGCGGUUCCAUGGGGUGUGGUCAGAGUACAUUGCCGCGUCCUGCUGAAGGAGGUGCACUACAGAAGACUCCUGUGGUUGAUGAGUUCUUUGACUCGGCUUAUGAUACGCCCAAGACGAGAAAGCCUCGUCCUAUAGCCAUGGGCAGGCCGCCUCCCUCGCCGAGAGUCUCGUCCAAUAAUAAUGUGGCCAAGGAGUGGUAUGGAGGUGGGUACGUGACACCGCGACGUGCCUCUCAGCCGAGGCCAAGGAGGAGGAGGAUGAUGAGCAGUAGUAGCUUUCGUGGUGGAAGUCCACGAGUCAGCACUUCACAGUUGCUCGGUCUCAAGGACCCGUCCCCACGGUCUGGUACUCCUUCUACUACGACAUCCUCUCAUCAAGUUGCCCCCAGCCCCUUGCCAAUGUAUUGUUCCCCUCGUGGUAGAACGCCAAUCAGGAGUCUAAGCGGCUGCUGCAGUCCAGCGGUCAGCAGCAGGACCCCUCGCCAUGGUGCUCCCCUCAGGGUUAGGGUGGAGUCCAGAAACCUAGGUGUAGGAGCCUCCCAUCGCGUACAGGCCGCCCCGUCGGCGGUCUUCCAAGCGUGGUAACUGUCGACUUAUCAUCCUAACGCAUGUACUUUACAUUUUACUCAAUGUUCCUCACUGUAUAUUGGAGGCUAGGGAACUGCCUAGGCACUUUCUUAUAGAGCAAAGUAUACCUCUCAACAA